AUGGCGGAGUCCGGGCUCUUGACGGUAACCAGGGAGCGCCCGGGCGGGGGGCGGCAGGUGGGGAGUGGGACGUCCCCUCCGCCAGCGAGAUGGCGGGGUGCACGUCAUGCCCACAUCCCGGAGCCUGAGCCGGGGUCCGGGGGUCAUAACUUGAGGGAAGGGGCGAGGCCCGGAGCUGAGAGGACAAGCAGGGCUCGGCACGGAGGGCCCGGAGGAGGCGCCGCCGCCGCCGCCGCCGCCGCCGCCGCUGCUGCUGCUGCUGCUGCUUUCCUGGGCGCCCGGGCCCGGGGAGACUCGGUGCGGGCCCGGCCGUUGCUCUGCGGAGCGGAAAGCCGCUCCCGGCGGCGGGGUCUGGGUCUGACAGCGGCUCGGGCCGGGCCUAGGGAGUCUUCCCGGGACAGCUCCUGGGAGCUGGGGAGCGAGGGGAGUCAGCGGCCGCCGCCGCUGAAGGGGCACGGCGGGCCGGGGACCCAGCCUGUCAGGAGUAGCCCCUUUGGGGCCGAGGAGGUGGGCAGGAAUUCUAAUGAGCCUUUGACCUUCACCUUUUUACUAGUUGGAAUGUGUUAUCAAGUUUGGGUACAGUGCCUUCAGAACCAACAUGUAACAGCAGAUGGAUGUCACUUUAUACAAGUUGUUACUUCAGACCAACAUUUUUGACUCUGUUGGAUCCCUGUACCU